AUACAAUCAACCCGAACGUGAAGCCCUCGCCAUUGUUUGGGCAAUGGAGAGAAUUCAUAUUCAUACAUAUGGAACAGAAUUUGUCCUGUAUACAGAUCACAAACCAUUAGAGUUGAUCUGCAAUAACCCUAAGUCCAAACCUCCUGCACGGAUCGAGCAAUGGUUCCUACGUCUUCACAAAUACCGUUUUCGAGUCCAAUAUAGCCCCGGGAAGGACAAUCCCUCAGAUUAUAUGUCUCGACACCCCCUGAACACAAGUGCAACACAUCGUCAAGGCGAGUUAGCAGAAGAGUACAUCACCUUCAUUGCACAGCACACUAUUCCCAAGUCCAUCAGCCUGGAAGAAAUUAAACAGCAAACGAAAGAAGAUGCAACCCUGCAGAUUGCAAUGAAAUAUAUUCAGAAUGGAAAUUGGCAUGAGGCACGCAACUUGACAGAUCCAAACAUAAACAACCAGGAACUUAGUAUUCUGUAUAGCAUCCGAACCGAGGUGACUGCUAGUAAAGAUAAUGACCUGCUCCUGAAAUCCACCCGAAUAGUUAUACCAACAUCCCUGAGAACACAAGCCAUCGAUAUGGCCCAUGAAGGCCAUCAAGGCUUAACCAAAACUAAGCAGUUGCUUCGAGAGAAAAUAUGGUUCCAAUCAAUUGAUUCCAUGGUGAAAAAGAUCAUCGAUGCCUGCAUCCCCUGCCAAAGCACCACUCCAGCUCACCCUCCAGUACCACUCAAAAUGUCAAAGAUGCCACCAACACCAUGGCAUACAGUGCACAUAGACUUUCUAGGUCCACUUCCGACCGGAGAGCUGAUACUUGUUGCAAUUGAUGCAUAUUCCCGGUACCCGGAAGUCGAAAUCGUACAUUCAACAUCAGCAGCAGCACUCAUCCCGAAGCUGGACAGAAUAUUCUCAACGCAUGGCAUUCCAUACAAAGUUGUAUCUGACAAUGGUUCUCCAUUCAACGGACAGGAAAUCAGGCGAUACAUGGAGAUCCAUGGCAUUGAAUUUGUAACAUUCACCCCUUUAUGGCCACAGGGCAACUCAGAAGCGGAGUCAUUCAUGAAACCAUUGCUUAAGUCCAUUCUAACAGCUAGAACAGAGGGCCGAAAUUGGAAAAAAGAAUUGUUCACCUUCCUCUUGAAUUAUCGAGCGACUCCCCACAGCACCACAAAGUUGCCCCAGCCGAACUCCUGUUUAACAGAACAAUUCUCACCAAGUUACCACAACAUUACACUUCAGUUCAUCAAAACCAAUCGACAAGCAUAUCAUGGAAAAAGAGAAUGAUCACAACUCCAAAAGUCAAAUGAAAAGGUAUACUGAUCAGGCGAGGCACACAAAGAAAACUCUGAUUAACGUUGGUGAUUUGGUUAUAUAUAAACAACAAAAGAAGAACAAGUUUUCAACAAAAUUAAAUCCAGCCCCUUACAAAGUGAUCAACGUCCACGGUGCCACAAUUACAGCCCAACGACACUCUCAUCAAAUUACCAGAAACAUAUCCUAUUUCAAGUGUCUUAACCUUGGUGAAAAAGAGCGACAAUACCAUCUUGAUGAUCAACCGUCAGAUGAAGAAGAGGGUGAGAUAGUAAGAAACGAACAGUAUCAAGAAAACGAAGAGGAU